CCUGACUCUGAGUGACUUUAGUAAAUGAAGAGAGAGCUGAAGUGGAAGCUUUAGGAGAAAACUGGUGUUUACUCCUAGUUUUCGGGGUAAUUGUAGUGAGUGGGUGGUUCUCCUGCUGUUUCUGUAGUGGGCAGGAACCAGAAGCUGGGGCUGAAGCUGCUGCUGUGGGAACAGGAGGAGGAGGAGGAGGUGAAAGUGUGUCCAUAAGCUGAGCUCCGCACCGUUAGCCUAGCAUAGCAGCCCAGCCGCAGCAGCAUCAUGGCGGAGCAAGGCGAGUCUCCGGCUCCCGUCCAGAAUCCGCAACCAGUGCUCACGACCAGCUGGCCGAUUGUCAAGGAGGCGUACGAGCUCCAGGAGGUUAUCGGCAGUGGAGCCACAGCAGUAGUCCAGGCUGCUCUCUGCACCCCUCGACAAGAGCGUGUGGCCGUCAAAAGAAUCAACUUGGAGAAAUGCCAGACCAGCAUGGAAGAACUACUGAAAGAAAUCCAAGCAAUGAGCCAGUGCAACCACCCGAAUGUAGUCACAUACUAUACCUCAUUUGUAGUGAAGGAUGAGCUUUGGCUGGUUAUGAAGCUCCUCAGUGGAGGAUCAGUGUUGGAUAUUAUAAAGCACACAUGUAGCAGAGGAGAGCAUAAAAAUGGCGUUUUGGAUGAACCUACGAUAGCUAGCAUUUUAAAAGAAGUUUUAGAGGGCCUUGAUUACCUGCACAAAAAUGGACAAAUUCACAGGGACGUGAAAGCUGGGAACAUCCUUUUGGGAGAGGACGGCUCAGUGCAGAUAGCAGACUUUGGUGUGAGUGCGUUCCUGGCGACUGGAGGGGACGUAACCAGACAUAAAGUUAGGAAAACGUUUGUGGGAACUCCGUGCUGGAUGGCUCCAGAGGUGAUGGAACAGGUACGAGGUUAUGACUUCAAAGCUGAUAUUUGGAGUUUUGGAAUCACUGCCAUAGAGCUGGCCACUGGAUCUGCUCCCUACCACCGAUACCCACCGAUGAAGGUCUUAAUGCUAACCCUGCAGAACGAUCCCCCAAUGCUAGAGACGGGAGUGGAGGAUAAGGAGAUGUUAAAGAAAUAUGGAAAAUCUUUUAGGAAACUAAUAACUCUGUGCCUUCAGAAGGACCCUGCUAAGAGGCCGACUGCGUCAGAACUUUUGAAAUGUAAAUUUUUCCAAAAGGCCAAGAACAGAGAGUACCUGGUUGAGAAGCUGCUUUGUAAAGGACCAAAUAUAAGCCAAAGAGCCAAAAAGGUGAGACGAGUGCCGGGAUCAAGCGGCCACUUGCACAAGACGGAGGACGGAGACUGGGAGUGGAGUGAUGACGAGAUGGAUGAAAGGAGUGAAGAAGGGAAAGCAGCCGUCAAUCAAGGCAGGUCACGGAGGGUCAAAGAAGAAAACCAGGACGCAAGAAAAGAAGAAGUGGGGCAGAUCCAAGAGGGGGAAGUGAAUGCCAACAAUGUCCCCAUAGAAAGCCUGUCCAUUCAGCAUCCCCAGGUUCAACCGUUGGAAAAAAACCCAAACACUGUGGGUGCUGUGAACAUGGUCCUGAGGCUAAGGAACUCGAGAAAGGAGCUGAAUGACAUACGGUUUGAAUUCACUCCAGGACAAGAUACUGCUGACGGUGUUUCUCAGGAGCUGUUUUCUGCUGGUCUGGUCAAUGGACAUGAUGUUAUAGUUGUUGCUGCUAACCUUCAGAAGAUUGUAGAAGACCCAGUUACCUAUAAAGUGUUGACCUUUAAGCUGGCAUCCGGCUGCGACAGUACAGAGAUUCCAGACGAGGUGAAGCUGAUUGGCUUUGCCCAGCUGAGUGUUACCUGAUGGCCUGUCUGCGGUGGAUAAGGAUGAGGAAGAGGAGGAGGAAGGAGAGCCUGUAUGAAGAGACUGAAUGCCGCAGGAAGAAUAGACUGAGGGUUUAGGAACGACCUCCAUGUUACUCCUACACACUCCCAGCUCCACCUCCUCUCACUCGCCUCGCUCCUCCUCACAAUCACCUCCUUCCACCUUCUCAAUAAAGUUAGCAUCGCUCAGUUUUUCCAGAUACAACCUCCCCAACACCCCCAACAGCCCUCAAAAAAGCGCACGCAUACGCACUCCCUCUGUAGUGCUGUUUCUGCAAGGCCCCUCUACAACAUUCCAUCGCACACAUCCUCAAUCCAGAGCAGAACUCAGCCCUGCUAACUCUCAAUGCUCUCAGGUGGCAAUAUAGCUAGUGAUAAAAAAAACUAAAAAAACAAACAAACAGAGAAUUAGAGUUUCUAUCAUUGUUAUUAUUAUUAUUACUAUUAUUAUUAUUUUAUUUUUUUGUUAUGUUAUGUUACCUAUGCUUUCAGCAAAGCUUUUAUUAUUAUUAUUACUAUUAUUAUUAUUAUUUAUUGAAAAAGAAAAUGCCUUUUAUUUCUUAUUCCUUGUUAAAGACAGAUUAGCUUUUUUGGUGCGCACAUUAAUACCAUGAACCUUAAAGAUUGUGUUAAUUCUAUUAAUAGAAUUCCUCCUUCCAAAUGUAAUGGGUCGUAUUUAUGGGGGGGAAAAAAAGCACAUUUUCAUUAUUCCAUAAUGAAUGUUGUUUUAAUACAAGUGAACUGUACUGUACAUAUAUAAGAAGUAUGUAAUCCACCAAGAGUUAAUGGAACCAUUGUUUUUUUUUCUGUUUUGUUCACUGGAAGUAUGAGGCAGGACGUGAAUGCUGCCAUGUGCAAAUGUACUGCUUCAUUUUCCGGGACAGUGUUGAUGCUUAAACGCUAGAGGUGCCUUGUUCAUUAAUCUGUGCCUAAGAACAUAGGUAACAAGCCGAAGCUGUAUAAAGCCCCGGCUGCUUUAUGUUAUUAAAGCAGCUUAAAGCAGAACUGCUUUUCUGUUGGAUAAAUGUGUUUAAUAGUAUUUUCACUGGUUAAUGGCUAAUGUUGAAAAUACAGAGCUGUAAUGCACUUUGACUUUGAGUGACCAGUGCAAUGUACCUGCACCUGUGAUUCAUUCCAGUGCUUUGCCCUUGGAUAAUCAUCCAGAUUUAACCUAUAAAGCUACAAUUUAUACAUACAUACAGUCAGUCAGGUCCAAUUGUAUUUGGACAGUGAAAACGUUUUCGCAAAUCUGCCUCAGUACACCACCAGUAGAUUUGAUUUGAUGCAUUCUUUCUUUUAGUUUUGAAGCAGUAGUAUUCCUGCAGGGGUUGGGGAAGAAAUAUCUUAAUAAAUCUGCUACCAUCCCUAAAAAUCAAAAUAUAUAUAUACAGCAUUAUCUGGAUACUUUCACAACUGUGGCCCUACUAAUCAUGCUGAUAAAAAGCUACUGUGAAUAUAGAGAUAUCUGUAUGUCAAAUUCAGCCUUCGUCUGCUGGUUCACACAUCGUUAAGCCAAAGAUUUGCAGAAUUAAAACUGAGGGGGCUCCAAGUGGUCCAGCCGACUAAGGCGCUGCCACUAUGAUCGGGAGAUUGCUCAAAUCCAGUUCAUGUAGCUUGCCAUCAGCUGCCGGGGCCCUAAGAAAGCAUAAUUGGCCUUGCUCUCUCUGGGUGGGUGAUGUCGCUCAGAACAUAGCGUCUGUGAGCUGAUGUAUCGGAUCCAAGUCGCUGCACAUUCCUCCGAGCGCGCUGUGAUGCAACUCAGCAAUGCUGCAUCAGCAGCAGCUCGAAAAGAGGCGGUGGCUGACUUCACGUGUCGGAAAAGGAAUGUGCUGGUCUUCAUCCUCCUGGUGUUGGGGUAUUAAUAGUGAUAGGGGGAGUUCUAUUAAGUGGGUUAAUUGGUCUUGUAAAUUGGGGAGAAAAUGGGAUAAAAAUAAAUUAAAUAAAAAAAUAAAAGGAUUAAAACUGAAGAGACUGGGAGAGAUUAAAAAGAGGUCUUGCUAAAACUGACAAAGCAACAAUGCAUGUUUUGAAAGUACUUUUCCACAUGCUCUAUAAAACUAUACAUUUUCACCCGAAAGGUCUCUACAUCCACCAAAAUGUACAGACUGUCAAUUUAAAAGAUUUAUCAAAAAUAUUGCAUUUGCUGUUUAGAUAUUACGUACAUUUUCACAGGCUCAGGAAGUAAUCGAAUGAUAUGCAGUUAAAUUGACAAGUUUGACCACACAUUUUGACAAAUGAAGCCAAGUGUAAAAUUAAAACAAAGGGUUCAUAAUCUAAAGCACACCAAUAUACGCAUCAUCUGUCAAACGUGGUGGAGGCGGCAGUAUAGCAUAGCUGCUAACAGAACUUUAUUUUACUAGUAUUAAUUAAUUAUUAUAUUGCAGAUAACAGAAGUAACAGAAUAUAUUCUGAAGUGUAUAGAGUUAUACUUUCUGCUCUGGUACCGUUAAAUUCUGCAGCACUAAUAGGAUCGUAUAUCGUAUAAUAGUAUAAAAGGAUAAUGUCCAAAAAAAAGCUUCUUAAAGCAAAUAAAUAAAAGGAGACAAAACGGAAAGUAGAAAGCUGGAAAGGAUCCAGUAUAGUAAAGUUAUGUUUAUAUAGUUUGUAGAAGUACUUUUUGAGCCUGUAUAAAAUGGAUGAUCGUUAAGCCUCUUAAAUGAAAUUCUGCCCUUCAGUCACAUCCUGAUUGCUUCAUUAAAUCCACUGAGAUGGUGUACAGAAGCAAAUUUACAAAAAUUGGGUAGCUGCCCAAAUAUAUAUCGACCUGACUGUCCCCAUAAUGCAGAGAGUAACCUGCUGCUGAUUAUUAAAAAAAAAAGUAGCCCUGUCAUCCAACUGCACUACGCAGCGUUAUGGCUGUUUAAAUCCCAUAAUGCAUCUGUCUCUGAUGUACUGUAUAACAGACAGAUGAGGUUGAAACUAGCACUAGCUUAAAGUAAGUAUAUUUUAGAGUUUGUGUUUUCUACAUGAAGUGUGGGUUCCAUUUCUGCAUAAUAUCACUGUUCCUUUUCUGUAAACAGCAAAAUUAAAAAAACAACUUCAGCAAAACAGCCUCCAAUAAAGAACUGCUAUUAUUAACA